UUUAAAGCCGAUUUGCUGUCAAACUUUUCAAGAUGUUGAUUAAGGUGAAAACACUUACUGGUAAAGAAAUUGAAAUUGACAUUGAACCCACAGACAAAGUUGACCGUAUUAAGGAGCGUGUUGAGGAGAAGGAGGGAAUACCACCGCAACAGCAACGUUUAAUUUUCUCUGGAAAACAAAUGAACGAUGAUAAAACGGCUGCUGAUUAUAAAGUACAAGGCGGUUCAGUGUUACAUUUGGUUCUAGCACUUCGCGGUGGUCAAUGUAAAAUGGUUUUUCAAAUUUGAAUCGUUUUUCUAUUCACACUACUAUUUUUUCUACAAACAAAAUAUUUAUAGAGAUGUAAACUCAAAUAAAAUAAUUUAAC